GUCAGUUUUCCCCAAUAUGGCGGCCUACACAAGUGAAAAAUCUCUCUCUCUCUCAAUAAACAACCAUUUCUAUUCAGUUUGACGAGUCCAAUGUAGAUACAUAUCUCGUGGAGGACUCUAGAUUUGAGUAAUGGUAGUCUGCCUGUAUUUUCUCCGUGGUUCAUGUAGUUUUGGUGACCGAUGUAGGAAUGAACACCCACGCGCUGGCGCCGGUCAGAGGGCAAGUGUUGGUGGCAGAGGUGGAGGCUUCGGUGGCGGCGGCGGGUUUGGCGGAGGUGGCGGUGGAGGGUUUGGCGGAGGUGGAGGCGGCGGGUUUGGCGGAGGUGGCGGUGGAGGCGGCGGGUUUGGCGGAGGUGGCGGUGGAGGGUUCGGCAGUCGCGCAAGACCUGCUAGUAGUAACAGCAAUGCAUGCAGGCACUUUCUCAAGGGGAACUGUUGGCAUGGUGACAACUGCAAGUAUUCACAUGAUGUGUCUAAUGCAGGCCAGGGAGGUUUUGGUGGUCAGCCCAGGCUUGGCCAGCAAGGUGGGGCUUUUGGCCAGAGCAGAGGAGGGUUUUCUGGUAACACAAGAGACAGAGCUUUCAACACCAACCAGAAUCGUUUUGGUGCACUUUCAUCGCUUGGAUCAUCAAAUCCACCCAAUGUGUUAGGAGGAAAUGACACACUAAACCCAUCUCAAAUACAACAGUCUGUGCAUAGAGAUUUAGAUGCCUGGGGACCCAGUAAACAAUGGCCAUUGUCGUGCUAUUCAUACCACAAGGAAGAGCCAUGCCUACCAGGUCUACUUGACUUUACUCCUGAGGAGAUCAGAUUGGAGGCUUACAAAGCAAAGGCAGAGAACAAGUUACCAGUCUAUGAACAAGCUCUUAAAGAUCUGUGGAACAACAAUAACCAGCGACGUCAGGAGCUCAAAAAUAUGUCUGUCAUGCAACUGCAAGCAGCCAUCAAGUCAACAAAAUCUACCUCAGCUUUUGGAAAUCCUCUCAUUCCAUCAAACAUGUCGCUUGGGUCUUCACUGAAUUCUAAUGCGCAGACAAGCAGUGUAUUCGGGACAGCAGGCAGUACAGGAGUAUUUGGUGCCACUGCACAGCAACCAGCAACUGGUUUCUUUGGGAAAACGUCUGCCUCACCUCCCAACACAUUUGGAUCUGGAAUGGCAACCAGUGCAGCGCCCUUUGGUACAAGUCCGCCCGCAACUACUGCCAAUGCAGGAGGGGUGUUUGGUUUGGCCAACCAGCCAGGGACGGCUGGUUUUUUUAGUACAACCAGUCAACCUCAACCUGGUGUAUUUGGUACAACCAGUCAGCCUCAACCUGGUGUAUUUGGUUCUACCGGUCAGCCUGGUGGUAGUUUAUUUGUUGCUUCAAGUCCAGGAAGUGGAUUUGGUAAUAAUUCCCAACCUGGCCUGUUUGGAACAGGGUUUGGAACCUCACAGCUUGGCCAGGGCACUGGUUUGCUUGGAAAUGGAACUGUGGCGACAGCAUCUAGCAAUAACUUGCCCGCCACUACACCAGGCCCGUUUAGUACUCCAUCUGCAAUACCGCAGUCAUCUACAGCUCCAUCUGCAACGGCCUCCUCAGCUACUAAUCUUAAAUGCAGCGAACAGGACAUUGCAGCCUUCAAGGCUGAAAAGUUUGUGUUGGGGAAAAUACCAGAAUGCCCUCCUCCGCCAGAACUUUGUAUAUAAAUCGUCACUAACAAUUACAAUGCGACGCGCGCUACCGUGGCCACCUUGACGUUUUAAAGAACUAAGCCAACAAGGAUGGGUAGACGCGCUUUCUGGAUGAAACGAGUUUCACUAACCAGGCAGGCAUGUACAAAUCAUAAAAAUUUUGCCUCCUUCUUAUUAUGAAGUUCAUGUCAAAACUCGAGAUUCUCGGAUGCAAAUUAGCUAAUUUGCUUAAAACUUUGCAUCGUUGACUACGGCAUAAUCUCUGAGCAUUGCUUUAUAUUUGAGAACAUACUCAGGUAAUAUUUUUACUGAACAUACGCUGUAUUAGUGAAUUAACCGCCCAACACAAACACAUUCAUAAUCGUCACACUCAAGGGUGAAGUGGACUGCUUCCAAGACCUACAUACUGUAUUCUGACCAGUGUGGCGAGGAUUGAUUCCGCUGUAAAAUCAAUGCAUAUAAAACGUAACUUUCAGUAGAUAACAAAUUCCAUUUGGGACACUGAAAUGCCACAGUAAAAUCUAUGCAAAUAGAAAUAAUGUACCUUGCAGUAGAUAACUAAUUCCACUUGAAUUACUGUGAAAUGCAGUCCUUCCUUACAAUUAAAACAGUGCAACGUCAUGUAUAUCGAACCAGAGACUUUAAA